UAGUUUUUUUCCCUUGUAUUAAUUGUAUUGGCUGUGCAUGUGGGCCUUGCGGCUGUCAUCAUCAUGAUGCCGCUUUGAUACCGACGCUCCUGGGGUUGCUGGAAAGUAGGCGAAGUCUGCAAGGUUCGCAAAGCUGUGUUAUCGACGGCAGUUCGGCAAUCUGUCCGGGUGACGGUAGCCUCGUUGGGUGAAUCGGGCACGCAGCUGGAGUCUUGCGCUCUAGCUUACAAUUGGCUUGGAACAGCGUUCUAUUGACUGCUUAUUGAAUGUAACACCAAGCAAGGUUUACAGAUGGCAGGCAACCCAUACAAAACAACGGAGUUUGUCUCCAAAAUUCACGUGUGGUUACAAGAUGUUGACCCUGUUCGGCUUCGUCGUCUAGUUCAGAAAGAAGGACUAAUCAGCUUUGACCAACUGGAACGUUUGAGGAAGAUACAAGACCAAAAGGGCACAGCUGAACACAAUGCACAAUUGAUUUCAAUACUUUGUCCUGGAGAAACUAAAUCCUAUCAAGUCUUAUGUUCGGUGAUCCACCAAAUGGGCUACAUUGACCGACACUUGGAGAUGCUUCGUAUUGUGGCUAAUCCAGAGCAAGAAUUGCUGUCCUGUGUUGGGCAACCAGAGUCAGCCAACGCCAUUACAACCAGAGCAGACUCAUCUGUAACCAUGCCAGCUGAAGACUGCACGACAGCAGCAGCUGCAUCAGCAGGAUAUGCAGCGUAUCAAUCCACUCCAGGGGCAGCAAGUCCAUCGCCACUUGAACAGCAAGUAGCACCACUGUGUCCACCGAUGAAAAGCAGAACUGCAGCAGGAAGACCAGGAGCAGAAGGAGAAGCAGCGGGAGCAGCAGCAGCAGCUACAGGGGCAAUGGCAGGAGCAGCAGGGGCAAUGGCAGGAGCAGCAACAGCAGCAGCAGCAGCAGUGGCAAUGGCAGGAGUAGCAGAAGCAGACGCAGUAGCUUCGUCAGCAACUGUAUUAACCCCUCAAGCGUCACUACAGGCAAGGCUUCCAAUUGGAACAGCAACGUUAGAACGUGUGCGUGGAGCAACAGCAGAGUCAGAACUAGGAGCAACAGCCGCAGUAUCAGCUGUACCAGCUCUUCAUCAUUGCAAUUAUCCAGGUGCACAACCACCUCUUACUCUGCAGCCCGGUGCAGCCUUAGCUUGCUCUUCCACUGGUAGAUCACCAUCAUCAAUGUCAAGUCCUUCUACCACGGCAGAGACUACAUUUGGUCUUAGCCAGACCUGUAUGAGUGCAUCCACCCAAGCCACUACAACACAUCCCAUUGACAGCUCAGCUAACACUAGCACUGGCAGGUGUGCUGCUGUUGGUAAUGCUGCUGGGAGAGGAACUGCAUUGCAGCAGAGUACGCAGCAACAAGCAUCAAUCCACCUUGAACACAAGGCAAAGCUGGCAGCAGCUGCAGCAGUAAGACAAGCUUCUUCACUGUCUCUCGAGCUGCAAGCCAAGAUGGCACUACUAAGCAAUGUUGGUAGAGCAUUCAAUGAGGAAAUGUCCAGGCAUAUUGACUAUGUUUCUGCUCCAAGUAUGGCUCCAACCAGUCCAGAUUCCCAGGCCUCUCUGCUGCAGAAGUCUCAGUUCCUCGUGAACAGCCCCGAAAUGUCUGAAGGUGACUCAGGGUUGUCCGGCUCUGCUGCUAGCUCAGACACCGAAGAAUGGACAGAAGAUGAUCUGCGCAAUGCUCGAGUCACGGUUUUUAUGGACAGCAAAUUCAGGACAUUUGCUGACUGUGAUGGAAUUAUCUUGGACAGUUUAUCUAAGCAGCACUUCAAUGAGACUAAUAUCACUAUCAAAUCUAAGAGCAGAAGAAGUGAUCCUGCACUCACACGUGUUGUAGGAAAAGGAGGAGAUAUAAGGACAUUGGUCAAAAUCAUCAUCAACGGAGAACCUGACGACUACACUAAACAAAGGAUCCGAAGUGAAGUGAUUGAGGACCUGGAGCGCCUUACCUUCUCCAAGGAUAAAAUUCAGGUCAUCUACACAGGUUCCUGGGAUUCCAUCCAGGUUGUACUGCUGCUACCAAUGAGGACACUGGGUCAUCUACUCUACCUUGCUGUACACUAUCCUGGACUGCUGCGAGGCCUGGAUAUACUUCAAAUCAUUGACAUCUCCUCUUUGACCAUAAUUGACUUUCGAGAGAUAACAGGCAACUCUAGCAGCUCCACUGUGGCCUUAGACGAGUUGACAGAGGAUGAUGGAGUGCUGUCAGAGGACAAUGAGGUUGAUGAGGAUGAGGAGGAUGUUGAAGUUCUGCCACAGAGCUAUGACAAUGAGCUGGAGUUUUCGAGGCGCACUGACGUAGCUGCUGCUGCCCAGCCCCACAUCUCGCAGCAGGAAUACGACCAGCUAAAUAAUUGCAGUAAGGACUUCCAGCUUGUGCUGGCAGUCAUUAUAAGGUCACACCGGAAAGACCAGAAUUUCCUCACAGCAAUCCGGACUUGCAUUUCCAACGAAUUGCUCUCCAGUGUUGAUAUUGAGCGACCGGAAUCCGUCAAGGUCACAGCUGUCAGAGCAGACCCACCUGUAACCAUGCCAACUAAGGAAGAAACAACAGCAGCAGCUGCGUCAGCAGGAUUUGCAGUGUAUCCAUCCAACCCGACUGCAACAAAACCAUUGCCACUUGGACAGCAAUUAGCACCACUGUCUCCACCAAUGAAAAGCAGAACUGCAGCAGCAAGAGGAGGGCCUGGAGGAGGAGAAGCAGUAGUAGUAGCACCACCAUCAGUAGCAGCACCAGCAGUAGCAGCAACACCAGCAGUAGCAGCACGAGCAGUAGCAGCAACACCAGCAGUAGCAGCAGCACCAGCAGUAGCAGCACCAGCAGUAGCAGCACCAGCAGUAGCAGCACCAGCAGUAGCAGUAACAGCAGUAGCAGCACCAGCAGUAGCUGCACCAGCAGCACCAGCAGCAGUAGCAGCAGCAGCAACAGCAGCAGUAGCACCAAUAUCAGCAACAGCAUCAUGGGCACCUCGAGCAACAGCAAAGCUGGAACCAGGAACAACCGAAACCAAAUCAACUAUGCCAGCACUUCGUGCUUAUUCAGACUGCUACGAAUGUGGCGAUGAGGGACAUUUUGCCCGCGACUGCCCCAAGUGUGGCCAUCGCACCUCUAAUUGCUACAAUUGCGGCAAGGAGGGUCACUUUGCCCGCGAGUGCACCAACGAGGUGGCAUCCCAUGGUCACUCUAGUGGUUUCGGUGGCAGCUCUGGCUUCGCCGGCGGCUCUGGCGGUGGUGGUGGCUCCCGCUUUGGUCACUUUGCCCGCGAGUGGACCAACGAGGUGGCAUCCUAUGGUCACUCCAGUGGUUUCGGUGGCAUCUCUGGCUUCGCCGGCGGCUCUGGCGGUGGUGGUGGCUCCCGCUUUGGUGACUCCGGUAGCAAUAGCACCUGCUACAACUGUGGUCAGACGGGCCACUUUGGCCGUGAUUGCCCCAGUGGAUGCUCCAGCGGCGGUGGUGGAGGUUUUGGUGGCGGAGGAAGCGGUGGUCGCACUUGCUACAACUGUGGCGAGACUGGUCAUGUUGCUCGUGACUGCCCCAACGCUAGCAACUCAGAAAUGCCCAGCUCAAAAACACAAAAUCUGAUUGCACUCCCACACAGACGAGAGAAGGAACUUCCAGCAUUCCAAGGCGGGCUCUUGACAUCGCAGGAACGAAUGUCUGACGAUCUUCUAUCUGCAUCACAACAAGGUGAUCUGAAGAAGAUCGCUGCACUUUUGGAAAGUGGAGCCGACGUCAACUGCCGUAGCCGUGACUGGUAUGGCGGAACUCCGUUGCACAAAGCCGUCUGUUUCUGGAGAGGAAUCGAGGUGUGUCAAGCACUGCUCGCUGCAGGGGCGGACUGUAACAUCAAGAAUACGCGUGGCGACACUCCGUUGCACGAUGCCGCCAAUAGUGGUGAACUCGAUGUGUGUCAAGCGCUGAUCGCUGCAGGCGCGGACUGCAACAUCAAGAAUGAGGAUGGCGACACUCCGUUGCACGAUGCCGCCAAUAGUGGUGAACUCGAUGUGUGUCAAGCGCUGCUCGCUGCAGGCGCGGAUUGCAUCAUCAAGAAUGAGGGUGGCGAAACUCCGUUGCACAAAGCCGUCUGGAGUGGAAUCGAGGUGUUUCAAGCGUUGCUCGCUGCAGGGGCGGACUGUAACAUCAAGAAUAUGGGUGGCGAAACUCCGUUGCACAAAGCCGUCUGGAGUGGAAUCGAGGUGUUUCAAGCGUUGCUCGCUGCAGGGGCGGACUGUAACAUCAAGAAUAUGUUUGGCAUCACUCCGUUGCACCGUGCCGCAACUAUGGGUAGAAUCGACGUGUGUCAAGCGUUGCUCGCUGCAGGGGCGGACUGUAACAUCAAGGAUCUGUUUUGCAGCACUCCGCUGCACCAUGCCGCCAUGAAAGGCAGAAUCGAGGUGUGUCAAGCGUUGCUCGCUGCAGGGGCGGACUGUAACAUCAAGAAUACGAUUGGCAACACUCCGUUGCACAAAGCCGCCCAUAGAGGUGUAUUCGGGGUGUGUCAAGCGCUGCUCGCUGCAGGCACAGACUGUGAAAUCAAGAAUAAGCAUGGUAUCACUCCGUUGCACCUUGCCACCAGGAUAGGUAACCUCAAGGUGUGUCAAGCGCUGCUCGCUGCAGGGGCCGACUGUAACAUCAAGGAUUUGGGUGGCAACACUCCGUUGCACGAUGCUGCCAUGAGAGGUGGAUUCAAGGUGUGUCAAGAGCUGCUCCCUGCAGGCGCCGACUGUAAAAUCAAGAAUGAGGAUGGCAUGACACCACUGGACGGAGCGAGAUUCUGGAACCAUCAUGCGGUCGUAGAGCUAUUGGAGAAGGCCACUCCAAAGCCAUCAUGAUACCUUCACUAAGUGUAAAGUGACUAUGCACACACUGCGGGUCAUUUCCUACCAAAUGAAGCAACAUGGCAGCUAUCUUUCUCUGGCGGAUCCAGAGCUUUAAUCGUCACAUAUGCAUGGCUUUGUAUGUAUCUGAGCAAUGGGCAGGUAGGACUGCGGUGUUUUCUGGCUGUUCCUGCCGACAAUGCCAGUGCAUGAUACCAUACAUUUCUAGACAUGAUAGCUUCCAUUUCCUCUUCUCUUCUAAGUAUCUUAAGCAGAUUUUCUUGCACUCUACCCAGUUCUUUACUAGAAGUUACAAUGCUUAUUUUGCGGACAAUUCGAAAAGAUAGAAUGUUAGCAAAGAAAUUGUACAAUGUCUCUACAGUAUUACGUUGCUAGCAUCUCAAUUAGAAUCAAGUGCCAUCCUAUCGGCAGUGGAUUCCAGUUUCAUUAUUUUUCUCCUUUUUAUUCAAUUGCUCGCUUGACUAGGCUAUUCGGUAUGCUAGCAGCCUUGUGACUUCCAUUGCAAACGGCCACCAAUUUUGUUUAAUUUUUGUUUUACCGCAAUCCGAAGUUGUGGAGACAAGAACGUGAUACUAGGCGGUAAUAAUAUACCGGUAUUUUACUACUCCCUGCUUGAUACUACCGGUAUUAUCAUUAAUCAUAGCAUGUUGCUACAUUUUUCUCUGGCCUGCGGCAGUGUUUACCGAAGUGGUACGCCUUGGCACGUUCGUUGUUUACACUGGCAUGCCCUGAUGCACAUGUACUUGUACGUGUACAUGUAUAUCCUUGUGGAACGACUAUCACUGACCUUCUCGCAGUGAAUGCACACCUUGUAUUGCUAAUUUUGCAUGGGUUUCAUUCAUGUCUCUGCGCAGAAUGUUCCAGCUUUUCACUGAUAUUAUAAUAUUGGAGUUAUUGGUGAUUUUUUCCAAUCAAUUUCACGCUCUUUGUUGGGCAUAUCCAGUAGUUAGCCCCUUCA